CCUGAAGUGCGGCCGCGCCAAGACCGACCCGUCGCUAUCCCCAGUGUGGGGCACAGGCACUCCGAGACACGCCUUGCUGCCGUCACCUCACCUCACGCCACCACCGGAACCGAUGUCAACUAUCGAUACGAAUGCGCUCUAGCUCUGGUGUAGCUCAGGGGCGGCAUGGCAACACCCCAGACAGAGUGUGAAAUGCGUGCAUUUCAGCUCCAGGUGCAUUCAAGAACCUGACUCAGGAUUGUCUCAUAACUGCCAGUUGUGAGGCAGUGUCUCACUUUCCACUUAUCGGAGAAGGGGCCACUCUUGGGUUUCCUCAAUCAUUCACGUGACGGCGGGGAGGCUUUUGUUUAUCGUAGUGCAGGCGCCAGCAAGCUGCGGAUGGUUCGGAAAGAAGAUCAGCUCUAAGACCUUCUUGAACCCUUGAAUUUCAAGUGUGAAACAAAAACGCUGCGGCACCUCCCUUCAUCGCACCGUCCGACGGGUUCCGUUCCGUAUAAGCUGUACGCGCUUUAGUAGACGUUCAACUAACUUAAAUACCUAAGACAGGCUUCACAAUGAGGGGAUUUUUUCAGACCGUCGUUUCCACUCUGCUCGUCAUGGCGACGCUGCUUCUACCGCUUCUGCCGCCGUCAUUCGCGGCGGAUUACCCGCUCUGUCCCCUGACGCAAAAGCCGCCGCAGAAACCGGCGAUUAUCCCGUCGCGGUGCGUGGACGCGGCGGAGGCGAGCUGCUGCGAAGACUGCUUCGACCGCGGGUUUGCGCUGUCGGCGGUGCUCGCGAACGAGACGACCAUUCUCAACGAGUUCGCGCCGUCCCUUGCGAAGCUCCUCGGAGGCACGCAGCUCCAGCUGUGCUCUAUCUUUGUGGGAUUCCACGACUGCGCCAACGACUUCGAGCAGGUCAACUGCGCCGUAAACUGUAAUCCAGACUCGGGCAACUAUGUGCGCAAGCCCGCAGGGACGGGCUCAACCCCCAUUUUCAGCAUGUGCGACGGCUACGCGACCCAAGUGUUCGACGACUGCAAGGGACUGCCAGUCCCCGGCACCACGGCCACGUUUGGUCAGUUUCUGAACACCAAAGAGCGCCUGCUCAACAAGACGUUUGGCGCAAUCUUCGCGGCUCUUGGAUACAUCAGCACCACUCUCGAGAUCGUGCCUGGAACAGCUGGUUGCUAUAAUGGUCCUGCAAAGAUCCCCGACCGCAUGAUCUGUUGCGACCCCCUCAUCCCUCCCGCCAACUGCCCUGCCGGCACUAUCGAUAAUCCUCGUUUUGCAACCCUCGUCAACCGUACCCUGGACAAGAAAGACUGCGCUGCAUAUGCCAACCUAACGAACACUCCCAUAAUAGUGCCGCCAGCUUCCAGCAGUCCAGGGACUAGUAAUGGCUCGGGGACGAACAAUAUUGGUAAUAGCGGAAGCAGCAGUUAUGGUAGUAGCCGCGGGACUAGCUCAUAUGGCAGCAGUGCAACUGUUGAUAGCAGUGAUACCAGUGGUUCGAGUGGCAAAGAUAGCGAGCGUUUUGUUGGGUCGGGUGGCUUGUAUUGGAUGUUCCUUCUAUCCUCGGCCUUUCUCUUAGGCUAGAUCUUAUGUGGACUACAUACCAUGAGAUUGUUUUUCCUACAGAUGUGUUUUAUGCCUCAUUGGAAGUUAAU